AAUAUGUUGGAUAAUUGAGCAUUAUGAACAAAGAGAAUACAAGGAAAUUGAAGGAAUGGAAAUGAAUAUUAACUUAACACAAAUACCAGAAUUUAAUUGUACCGAGGACUCGUUUGAAUUAAACAUACUAAUAGUCAAUAAAUUGGGUGACCAAAUGUCAUCUAAUUGGUAUCUUGUUGACCAGCGACAAUUGGAAGAUAUAAAAUUCCCAAUAUAUUGGGUUUAUUUUUAUGGAGAAAGAAGCGACGCCAAGAAAACAAGAACAAAAACAUUAAAACACAUUCUGAAGUAAAAACCCCACUAAUUCCAAUGAAACACAUAAAGAAAACUCAAGAAAAGAAUGCGAAAUGCUCACGACCGGUUUCUGUUCCCAAUUUUAAUAAGUAUGUUAAAACAUUGGCAAAUGAGCGCGAAUUAACUAUGGAAUAUAACAACAUUGUUGAAUUAACUAAGCAAAAUGAUACUAAUUUACGUCGGGUAGAAACAGCCGCAGAGGAUUUAGAUGCUUGUUAUAUAAAUAGUCCUUUAGGUGACAAGGAGUAUAUUUUGGGCUUGGCUCCAACAACUUCAUUGCAAUACCAGUUUUGGAAGAUGAUUAUUGAUGAAAAAGUAGAAAACAUUGUUCUCUUUGCAAGUAUGGAGGAUAUUAAGAACGAAAAGUUUGCAAAAUACUGGCCUGACCACUGUUCAAAUAAAUCAGUUUCAUAUUCAGACGGUUGCUCAAAGAUUAAAAUCACAAUUUUGGCUGAUAAAAGAUCAUCCAGUUAUGAUAUGCACCAUUUCAAAAUUGAGCAAGCUAGUACUGUUGUGAAGACUCGUUUUUGGCACUUUACCAAUUGUGACAAAAGAGGAACAUCGAGGCAUCUGGACAGUUUUCUCUUAUUUCUACAAGGUCUACAGUUUAUUGAGCGCUCUUUACAACAUCCCAUCUUGGUGCAUUCUAUUUGCGGACUUAACGCUAGUACCGAUUUGUUUAUAUUGCUAGAUAUUUGUAUACGACAAGCAAAACAGGAUGGAGUUGUGGAUAUGUGCUAUCAAGUCCGAAAGCUCCGAACACAGCAACCAAACUGCAUUGCCACUGUGGAAGAGUAUUUGUUUGCGCACCAAUAUUUAGAUAAAUACUUCAGUCUGCCAUCAUAUGCUUAUGUAUAUGAUCACAAUCCCAUCAUUUAUUUUGCUAACAAGUAAGAACGUACUCGUAUAUGAAAUUUAACACAAGAAAUAAAAAUUAUUGCAGAGGCAUAUAGUAAAUCUGCAGUGACGCGCA